CCCUGGGAGGAGGCGGGCUGAGGUGGGGCGCCCACGGCGGGAGCAGUCGGGUCGGGGCGCUGCGAGUCUGUUGUGCCCGGUAUAAGCACGGCCGGUCUCAGCUGCUCCCCGCGGUGCAGUACGAGAAUGAGCGGCGGGGAGGGAGGCGGCCGGGCGGACGCCAUCAGCAGCGCGCUGCCCGCCAUCUCCUCCAGCAAGCUGCCGGACCUGCGCUUCCUCAGCCGCGGCGCCUACGGCACCGUGUCCGCCGCUCGCCACGCCGACUGGAGGGUCCCGGUGGCCCUCAAGUGCCUGCAAGGACCGCUGCUGGACAGUGAUAGAAACCACCUUCUAAAAGAAGCAGAGAUACUGCACAAAGCCAGGUUUAGUUACAUUCUGCCAAUCUUGGGAAUUUGCAACGAGCCUGACUUUCUGGGGAUUGUAACAGAAUACAUGGCAAAUGGAUCACUGAACCAGCUCUUACAUGGGAAAGAUAUGUAUCCUGACAUUGCCUGGUGCCUGAGAUACCGCAUUCUUUAUGAAAUUGCUUUGGGAGUGAACUAUUUGCACAACAUGAAUCCUCCGCUGCUGCACCAUGACUUGAAAACCCAGAAUAUUUUAUUGGAUGAUGAGUUUCAUGUCAAGAUUGCGGAUUUUGGCAUGUCAAAAUGGCGUGUCAUAUCCAUGUCACAGUCACGCAGUGAAACUUCCUUGCCAGAAGGAGGGACCAUUGUCUACAUGCCCCCCGAAGAUUACAAUCCCAGUCAGAAAACUCGGGCGAGUGUGAAACACGAUAUUUACAGUUUUGCAAUUAUUAUAUGGGAAGUGAUGUCAAGGAAACACCCAUUUGAAGAAGUUAUAAACCCCUUGCAGAUAAUGUAUAGUGUGUCACAAGGACAGCGACUAGACUUAAGUGAAAAAAGCUUAUCAAUGGACAUUCCGCAUCGAGCUCUUGUCAUAAGAUUGAUAGAGAGUGGAUGGGCACAAAACCCAGAUGAAAGACCAUCGUUCUUAAAAUGCUUAAUAGACCUUGAACCAGUCCUGAGAACAUUUGAUGAGAUAGCUAUCCUGGAAGCAGUAAUUCUCUUAAAGAGAUCAAAGUCACAGUAUGAAUCACGGUAUAUCCACAAGAGUGGAAACAAAGUGUUUGUGGAGAAAUCAUCUCUAAAUAUACCAGUGAAUCCCCAAGAGGAAACAUCUGCUUCCAUACACUGUGAUGCACUUCCUCUUCGGAGUAUCUCUCCAGAUAUAUCACGACUCAAAUCUCUUCCCCAGUGUAAUAUCCUCUCAUCAGAUGCAGAUUCUGGUGCUCCACACUCUCUCAGCUGUCAGACUGUGGAUGAAAAUCUCUCUGUAACUCAGAGCGCCAAACCUUUUGUGCAUCCAUGCGGCUGCCUUCUCUCAUCUGACAAGAAUAUUUCAGUUUCCUCACAUUCUUCAUCAUGUAUGCUGCAGACAUCGCCAAUUUCCUCAGAUUUUGUUUUGGAAACCAUACAACAGAAUGUAGCCCAUCAAUGGAUCCAAUGUAAGAGAGAAGAAAUUAUUGAUCAGAUGACUGAAGCAUGUUUGAAUCAGUCGCUGGAUGCUCUUCUAUCAAGAUUUUUACUCAUGAAAGAAGACUAUGAACUUAUAAGCACAAAACCUACAAGGACAUCAAAAGUCCGACAACUACUUGAUACCUCAGAUAGCCAAGGAGAGGAGUUUGCCAGAAUUAUAGUACAGAAGUUGAAAGAUAACAAACAGCUCGGACUUCAACCUUAUCCAGACAUUGUAUCUAAUUCUCUAAGACUGCAUCUUUAAAUGUAUUUGUUUCUGUUUGAAGCCAUGUGAAUAUUUCUUAAUACACAACUCUUUGCUUCUACAUAGUACUUUUUAUCUGUACUUAUUUGUCUUUACUACAUGGUGGUAGAAUCUCAAACAAAGACACUGGGUUUAUCAAAGCUGCAUUUGGUGAGUUACCAGUUGCAGUUUAUUCAGAAAGCCAAAAACUCGAAACUGGCAGACUGAUUUUAUACAACUAUUUUGUUUAUAUGUGACAAAGAAAAAUCAUUAAAUUAUACUUGUUUUACAUAUUUUCUGCUUAUCUAUAUCCUUCCAGUUUACAGGAUAGAGACAACUCGAUAUUGGUUCUCCCUCCAUCCGGUUUUUCCUCUAGUGGAAAGAAAAAGCCAUAUGCUCUAUUUUUAGUCCUGUGCAUUGUGUUUAUAAAUACAUUCCCUUCUUCCA